AUGGCGAAUUUCAUGAAAGCCGUGCCGACCUCGGCUCUGCACAGCUUCAAUUCUCAGGCUUGGGAUGCCGACGUCAGUGCGAACCUCUCCUCCUUGGCAGUGCUUCUUGGAAAGGAGCCUCUCAUGCUCCUUCGCCGCGGCACUGACGCAGUCGAGGUCUCGCUGCCUUCGCUGCCUUCGCUGCCCAGAGAGAUGGCACCAGAUGAUGACGACGAGUUCUUCGAUGUACAAAGCGACAUCGAGGAGUCUCCGGAAAAAGUCUCGCAGGAGGCCGCCGUGAGCUUGAGAGUGCACUGCGCGCGCUUCGGUGGAAGCGCCGGAUCUGGUUCCUUGCCCUGGGCGCUGCGGGUCCGCCUCAAGCAGGAGCCUUUCAGGUUCACGCUGGCACCUCACAGUACGCACGAUGCGCUGAGCAUUGUGGUUGCCAUUGUCAGAGCCGCCACGUUUUCCAGCCCUCGUGUUUCGACCACAUCGAGUCCUUGUCUGCCCACCAGCCUCGAGACAGAAGCAAAGCCGGCAGCAGCUGAACACGCAGAGGCAGCGCCAGACGCUUCCGAGGCCCUUGCUUUGGACUUGGAUCUGGAUGUUGCUGCUCCAGUCUUUCGAUGGGGCCUCCUGCCUUCGGGCCAAGUUACUAUCGCCCUGGGUCGGUUGAUCUUCCGCACGAGCAACCAGCAGCCGCCAGAGCAAGCUUCAGAACCGGAGAGGUGCGAGUGGCAGAAGUUCUCAUGCUUCUGCCAGCUCACCGAGACAAGUGUAACGGCGCAGUCCGAGGAAGCUGAGGAGUUUCGAGUUUACGAGCCAGCGACCAUGAACCUCCAAGCCUGGAGGGAUUCGGAAACCAAUGGCUGGCACUUCAGCUUGGAGAGCGAGUCUGUCCGCUGGAUCGUCGACCCUCUCUUCUUGAAGGUGGCUGGACAGCUGCCAAUCAGCUUGGACCACGCCAUCAGUCCGCUGCGUGAUGUCAUGUCCCAGGCUUUGGUGGAUCCGGGCGCGAGCUCCGCAAACGUGGAAGCAGCUGGCCUCGUGAAGUCGGAAGCAAAGAUUCCCCAGGAGACCGGAGGCGAAACACACCCGCGGGUUCAUGUCAAGUUGACCAUCGCCAACACACAGCUUGUACUGCAUCCUGCAUCCGGCCACAAGGUCUGUCUGGAGCUGGAUGGCAUUCUCGCCCAGUAUGCGGGCUUCGAGUCGCGCAGCGACAUCUUGGGCGAGCAGCGUGCAGUUUGUCAAGCGCGGCACUUCUUGGUCGUUGCGGCAAGGAUACGAUCGAUACGCAUCUUUGGAAUUCUUUGGACAUCAAUGUGCAUCUUUGCGAGUCUUGACGGACUACGAGAGCUCGUUGAUAUCCUUGAGACGACCCUUAAACACUUCGUCUCGUUUAUCGUUGGCGAUCGCUAA